AUGCCUCCUAUUAACCAUGCUGCAAUAUCAGUGGGCGUGGUCGCCGUAUCGGUGGCCGUAGCGGCCGCCUAUGCCGUGUACGAAAACCCCGAGUUUCGUCGAAUGGCCGACGACCUAAGACGCAGAAUUGCAAUCGCUCUCCAUUCACUCGGCGAUGGCAUACAACCCGACGAACGUGAGCCUCGGUUUAACAGGCCUGAGGAUGCCGAUGGAUUCCUUCAGUCUCGUGCUGAUGCCGGCGUUGAUGCCGAUGAGGAGACCAAGAGGAGGCAGCGAGAUGAGCUGAUGUACUGGAACGCUGUGCGUCUGGAGAAACAGCAAGAAAAGGCGGUCAAUGAGAAGCAGGCCGAAGACGAGGAGUCGUCAUUCCAGCGCAACUCAAUCUAUAGUUCGACCACGUUUGACAGCUUCCUUCAGCGUGACAAGACGGGCGAGCAAGGGACCUACGUUCUCAACACCGGCGCUGACCCUCGGCCGAACGACGAGGGCCUGGUCCGUCGCCGGGGAGGCGGCUCCGAGGGUGUUCGUGGGCUCAACUCGUCAUUCUUUAGCGCGAACCCCUUCUCUGAUGAACACGGAAUCGACACGGAUGAUGACAACUUCGCCGCCAAUGCAAGGUCCAUGUCGCCAGAGAAGGAUGAGGCCAUGAGCGACAUUUACAACGCCACUGCCCCCACAUCGCCAUCCCAAGCUGCCUUUGUGGCUCCUACCUCGGCCGACCACAACAUCGCCACAAUUCUCUUCGAUGCGCAACAGCACGUUGAGCGGCUUGAGCAGGAGGUCAAGGCCCGUUCCGAGUCCAGCCUGACCAUGGAUUUCGAAUCCAGCAAAUCCGAGGACACUCAUAGCGUCGAUAACGAGGGCGCUCGUGAUGCGUAUGCCAGCAUACAGGCAUGGGCACAGGGCUCGCAGAACUCGACACAGGGAUUCUACUCACCCUUGCCGACAACCCCCGAGGCGCCACUUUCAGAGGCCGAAAUGGUGUCGGAAGGUGCCCUUACCCCAACCGACUCCAUGUCGGUCAUCAGCGCCCCACAGGGCGUUGGGAAUGAAACCACAUCCGCUCGAGGCGCCGAUACCAAAUCUCAUGCAUCUUAUGAUCUUGUCAGCGAUGAUGAGGACAACAUCCCUACCCCUGUCAGUUGGAGCGAGGUUGGCAGUGUAGUCAGCGAGCAUGACGUCGGCCCCGUUCAUGCUUAA